CAGAAAAAGUUUGGCAGAGGGCUGCAGAGUGGACAACGCCGAGGUGUCACUAAUCUCAAAGUCUGGAGAGAAGAUAGUUGUCAAGAGGAUUCUCGAUUGGAGCUAUGAGGGUGGGAGCUGCAGCCUUAGCUGGGGGGAUAUUUGGAGCAUUGGGGACCGUAUGUUUCUUUUUGGCCUUUGGUACAGACUACUGGUUGGUGGCCAGUGACAAUUGUGGACCUUACACAUGGCCAACCGCAGAAACAACAGUAGAAAAAGAUGCCAACGACACUGAGGUAAGACAGCUGCAGUUUGUAAAAGCAGUCACCACCUCUCCUGCGUCGCUCACCCUCCACCAUGAAGGCUUUUUUUGGCGCUGUGUGUUCCAGGUGGAACCCACUGCAGAUGCAGUCAUGGCAACAUUUUUCACAAACCAACCAGAAUCAAAGGUGUGUGUCCAAGGCUACCUCUUCCCUUUCCCAGUUGUACUAGGACCAGUACCUCAUCCGAUUUAUGAUGCUACAGCAGUGUUUCGAGGUUUCUGGACAGUGUUUAUAAUCCUCGCACUGGCCUCAGCUCUGACCGGAAGCUUCCUCCUGGUCUGUGGGGUCCCCUUUAUAAGUCAUAGACUCUACAAACUGGGUGGAGCCUUUCUCAUCAUUGCAGCAUGCUUGUUCCUCUUUUUGUUGCUGCUCUUCAUACUGUGGAUGGAGGUAGUUGAUGUGAAGCGUUACAUCCUCCAGGAGAGAGGGGAGACGUGUACCGAUAUCCAGGUCUCGGUGCUCUACGGCCUGUCGUUCAUGAUGGCUGCAGCUGGCGUGCCCCUGGAGCUCCUCUCUGGGUUGAUCUUCAUGCUUGUGGGACGAGUGCUGCUUGCCAACAAGUUCAUGGAUGAGCUGGAGUCUAUCCCAUCAGACUUGGAGCCAGAGGCGGAAUACAUCCCAGACUGACAGUCAGGCAAUUAUUCACAGGGCACGUAUAGACAAACAACCAACACUUGCAAAAUUCAUUGUUUUCCAUUUUCCAACAGGCCUCAAUAUGGCUUAUUUGCAUAAUUCUAGCAACAAUAUGACAUGAGAUGAUACACUUUCAUCAUGUGUAUUGUGUCUUGACUGUAAAACCAAAGUAACACAGUCUCACAGUCAGUUUCUUCUAGUAUCUGGGGCAGAUUACCACAGUAUGGUGAUGUACUCAAACUGAAUUAAUAAUCUUUUAUCUGAUUUUUUGACACUGCUCUUUUAUUGGAUCUCAUGUUGCUAAUGUUAGCCAGUUUGUUUAGACGUUAUAUUAGAUGUACACUGAAGUAAAAGUCGUUUGAAUUUAGUUAAUUCCAACAUGUACAUCGUUUACACAUAAUUAAAACAUGUUAACCAAACACGUCAUUAUUUUCGAGGAAAAGAGCGGGAAAUUACGUCAGUUAGCUACAUUUUAAUCGCGUGCAACCGAAAAAUAAGUGCUUUUUUUUCAGUGUCGUAUAUAUUUCAAGAUUAUGUCUUGUAUUAGGACAACCUCAAUAAUUCAUUAACAAUGUUUAGAUUUUCCACAAUUCACAUUUUUGGUCUUUAAUUAUUGUAAUUAUGAAAGAAUUAAUACAACAUCCGAUGACAGGAAAGAAAGUUAAUAAGUCAAGUUUAUUUCUAUAACACAGUUAAAUACAAAUGGAACUGAACCAAAAUGCUGUAACUAGUGCAUUAGGUAAGAAAAAAGAGGAUUCUGGCAAAAGAUUAUAAAUUCAGUUUUAAUACAUCACCAUAUAUAUACUGUGGUGUUUCCAGUAAUCUGCCCUAAAUUGUAGCUACAUGACAUAAUGAAACAACAGUAAAUCAGAGGUUUGAAAAUAAAAUGGCAUCAAGAGACAAACACAGACGGACCAGGGAGGGCCAAGGUAAAAAGGUCUGUUUUCAGCCUAGAUUUGAUUAUUGUUGUUCUUAUGAUUUUUGUGUGAAAUCACAUGGGCAAUAAUGUAAUUCAUCUUCAAGUCAUGGAAUGUAUAAUUGACUGCAAUGUUUAUUAGAAGUUAGGCAUCUAUUAACGACUUUCAAACUGAACAACUGUCGAUGGUAAAAGAAUUAAUUCCCACAUGUGGCCAGCUGAGGUCUCUGCAGCUCUCCUCUUCAGAGGGAACGUUUUCCAUGCAUGAUUGGACAGAAGGACGAAUUAUGGUGGAAAAGGCACCAGGAAGGAAGGGAAAAUGCAAAAAGCAAUUACAAACAGACAUUUCAGGUACAACUGACCGUAGAUAUUUGUGCCCAUAGUUUUUUUCUGAUCACCUUAUCAAUAAUAAUUGGAAAACAUUGUAACUUCCCUCUAAAAUAUGUCUAAUUGAAACCUAGUGGAUCCAGGGAACAUAAGCACUUACCAGCCACUUCAUUAGGUACACCUGCACUGUGCAUAUAACAAGAUAAAUAUUGGGGCAAGCAAUUUUUUUAUAUAUUGUCCCUGUCGGGCUGAAUCCCCUCACCUCUAAAAUGACAACUUUUAAAAAAACAAAAACAAAAAAAAAAUAUAAAAGACAUCUUGCUUGAGUUUCCAAAAUAAGCGAUCAUAUACUGUUGCACACUCACAUGAUCACAACAGCACACCAAAAUUGUGUUAUAGGCAGAAAUACAUUUGCAUAACUUACUUCAUGCCUUCCUUCUGCAACAAAGAAUGACAGCGAUCGCUAAGAAAACAAGCCUACUCAAAUGUAUCUAAAUUCACUAUUUUCACUCAUUAUUGUUAAAAAAAAAACAACAAAAAAAACAUCCAGACUUUCAAUAUAGACGACUAUUGUGCCACAGAACACGUACUAGUUUGUUAAGGACGUGCUCGUCUUCUGCUGCUGACGUCAUGCAGGUUUUGAUCUAAAAGUGGGUGAAAAAAAAAAUCUGGCUGAAAAUUAAAUAUGUCUACUAUUGAGUCAAUUUUUGGGGAAUUAUUUCUGCAUACAUCACUUUUAAGUCCAGAACUAUAUACCUUUCGUAGGGGCCGGUGUAUUUACAUCCAGCCAGUGUACCAAGUACAAGUUUGCAUUACUCAGUGUCAGAAUACAUCUUUUUUUUAUUUUCAAACAUUAUUUUGUGUCACAAAAUGCAGGCAAGGAUAGGAACAUGCUUCCCUACACAUCCCUCAGUCCUCUGGCGCACCAGGACUGAAACGCAAGUGAGCUCUAAUCCAUUCAAAUACAGGAUACACUUGGUGUGAACACUUUUCUUCCAUGCCUUAACCCCCUAACCAUAGUGAGCCGAUUACUUGCUCUGUGUGCGAGCCCUCUGAGCGUGCAUCUGUGUGUGUGUGUGUGUGUGUGUGUGUGGGUGUGCUUGUGUGUGAAAGUGCAGACGGACACAGUUGCUCUCAGAUAAAGGCUUUUCUCCUGUCAAAAAUGACUGCCAAGAUAAGCGCUGAUAUGAGAGAAAAGCAAGCCUUAUGGCAUCGCGCAAGCCUUUUUUAAAAAAAAAAAAAUUAUUGUUGUUUUUUUUUUUCCUUUUGUACAUCUCAAAUUCCCCAGUAACGGACCCACCUCCUCCAAAUACACGUGCGCACACAAAAAUACACACAUACUGUAUGUACACACUGCUAAUCUGUUUUGAGGGUUUAAGGUAGAGAGGCAGCAGGUGGAGCGAUAAAGAAGAGUUUCUGUGUGCAUUUCUUUUUUUCAGUUUUGUAUAAAUAACAAGUGUGGACUUAUGAAAGACAUCCCUCCCCUUGACACACACGCACACACACUGAAGUGAAAAUGCAGGCAGAUUAUGUCUGAGACAGUCACAGCUCCUGCCUUCAAUUAACCUUACAAAGACAGGAUCACUUACACCAGAUGAUGAUAGCAGGAGGCAGUUAAAAAGGUUGAACUAAUGGAGAAUGGUAUCAUGUUAUGUGUUAAUUCAUUUUUUUUUAACAUAAUAUACAACUGUGUAUCUGCGACUGUGUAAAAGUGAUCUCUUUUUUGCUAAUACGCGGCAAUGAAAGUACAAAACUUUACUUGUUAGGAAUGCAAAAAAGUAACUUCUGUUUCUUUAUUCAUCAGCAACAUUGUCAGCUCAAGAUCAAGUGUAACCAAUGAUUUUUCAAAGACUACAGAUGAUGAUUUUCAAAAUAUCAACUGAUCAACAUGAUCUGGUCGCAAAACACGUCUCUGUGUGUUCACUAUGUUCUCUAUGUAAAUUUAAGAAUUUUAGAUGAAUAUGCACUUGUAACCCCACUCACCUAUAUGAAUGAGACGUUUGUCAUUACAAGUUGAAAUUCAGUGUUUUCUUGUUUCUUGUUUGUACAGCGGUAUGAUGUCAAAUGUUCAAAUGUUACUAAAAGAUUCUGUGCUGACCAUAGUUUACCGACCUGGAGCUCUUCAAUCUUAAGCCUCCUCUCAGUAACGUCCAACAUCAAACUUUGCAUUCUAUUUUCUUGUUUUUUUUUCUACCGCUCCAAAAUCCAGUGUCUGCUUGACACUCACAGUGUUUUGUUACCAAGUGUUUCUUUAGCCAUGAAGCGUUUCAGCCAAAAUUAAUACCACAGCUCAUUUUCUCUGUUUUCUCUGCUCAUCUACCACCAACGUUUGUGCCAGAUGUAUAAAGGGCCACAUUUUACUGCAAUAAACUGCAAUUCCAGCUGCA